AUGGGGUGCGGGGGUGGGGGGAUGGAACAGCUGAUGGGUCCGGGUGUGGUGAUCAAUGUCAAGGCCAAGGUCGCCAGUAACAUAGACUAUCGAGUAACUGACCUAGAUCUGAUGGCAUGGGAGGAAAAUCACGGCCCAAUUCCAUCAGGAGCUAUUGUACUGAUGAACUCUGGCUGGGGCUCCCGUUAUCCUGAUUUUGUACGAGUCUACAACUCCUCAACAUACAGGGAGGACCUUUUAUCGCUCCACUUCUCUGGCUUCCACGAGAGUGCUGCGCAAUGGCUUGUCAACAAGCGUGACGUACAUACCCUAGGAGUCGACACACCCUCAGGUGACUACGGACAGAGCGGAUUGUUCCCGGUUCAUCGAAUUGUGAUGAAGGAAGGAAUCCUUAUAAUCGAAAAUGUGGCAAAUAUGGACAAACCUCCCGACAGUGGUUCUUUUGUCUAUGUCCAUAUGAUCAAAUUCAAAGGAAGAAUUGUGCGCCUGCGCAGAUGUACGCCGCCAUUGAAGACAAAGGAGACAGAACAAACGGUGCAUCAGCUGCGAUCUCUCGUGUGUCGACUGUUGGCUGUAUGA